AGCACUUGUUAUGGGCGCCUCAGUCUUGGCUCGCCUGGGCUCUAGGCAAUAUCGCCGACGUGGAAGAAUCACGGUAAGCUCUUUGCCAGGGAGCCCCGGGAAACGGUCUAAAGAUAGAAAACGGGAAACGCGGGAGAACGAUAAUAGAAACUGGUUCAAUUUACAAAUCUAAAGUUUGUUGUAAGUGAAUAGUGAAACGAUAAACGAGUGAUGACUGAUAUAACCUCGAAAGGAUUUCGUGAAUAUGGACGAUAAGCUGUGAAGGAAAGUAAAAAUAUUGAGUGUCAAUGGACGACGAGAUGAAACUGGACCGGAUGCUUCCUUGAAGAGGAUGGUCAGGAUUAAAUAGAUAGAUACGAUAGUUCCUUCUUGGUUGAUCUCUCAUUCUCAUUCAUUUCUGUCUCGGUGUUAUGAGGAGUAGAAGGAAAAGAUAUCAGUUAUAACGGAGAGCGUCAGGUGCUCUCGAUUGGCCCGAUAUCAACGAAGAUAGGAAGAGAGGACAGGAAUCGAUUUGAGGGAGAGAGAGAGAGAGAGAGAGAGAGAGAGAGAGAGAGAGAGAGAAAGAGAGAGAGAGAGAGUAAUAUAUAGAUAUAAAUACAUACAUACAUACAUACAUAUAUAUACAUACACAACGUGUCAGUAAGAAAAGGGAAAAGAAAAGAGAAGCAAUCGUAUUGAAAGAAAUGAUCAUUCGAUGAGGACACUCGGUAUCUCGAGGAACACGCGAGAGAACGAGAAAGAGAGAGAAAGAGAGAGCUUUCUCCCGCCGACACUCGACCUCCUGUCAAUAUCAUCAUCCCUCUGAUACUCGAGAGCAACUACCACUUGUAUUUCCUUCACCCUCCAACCCCGCGUUCCUCCGACUCGAAAUGAACAUUGUCGAUGUGAUGUACUCUAAAUGACGUGCUUCUUUCUCAAUUGGCUUCCGCCGACUUAGUUUCGAUCCAUACCAGAGAAGAUCGAAUUGAUUCCUGAAAUAACCAACGAGAUCAGUGAGAACCUUGUUCCAUCUCUUGUUUCCUUGUUUUUCCCUCCGCUUGAAGCUUCGCGAUGGAAGCAGGAGAAACUUUAGCGACCAGCCAGUGCUUCGACCGGUGUCACUAUUUCAAGCACGUGUUUGCGUGUUAAAGAGGGGCAAAAGUAGAUCUUGAUCGCGCGUGCGUGACGAUGAUGAAAAUGUUUCGAUAAAAUGACGAUCGUGACUGUUAACGAACGAUCGAUUUGUCGUCGAUGACGAAUCGAAGAAAAUUAGAAAAUUUCAAGUUUCUCGAUAUCUUAUUGGAGGAGAGUUCGAGUCGGACAGUUUUGCGUAUUUGUUACCGUGAACCAUUGAAAAAGGAAAGAGAAAGAAAAAAAGAAACGUUCUCUCAUUUUUUUUUUUGGGGGGGGGGGAAAGAACAUUUAUGAAGGAUAAACGUUUAAUGUUCCGGAAUGCUUUCGAUCAAUAAACGAGACGAGAGAGACGAGCGUUCUCGAUCGAUGAUCACCGCUCGAGGAUUCUCUCGAUCGCCAUUUUGAAUCUAUUCGUGAUUUCAUAUACGAGAAAUAUCUCAUCGCGUUUUUUCGAGCAAGGUGAAAUUAAAGUUCAAGUAAAAUAAAAAGUAAAGGACGUCGUAAGGACGUCGUAGAUAAUCGAUCAAUCAAGAUGGGUUGCGAACUUAGCAAGUUGACAGCCGCGAAAUCGCGAAAUCAAAAUGCUCGCGAAGGCUCACCGCCACCUCCUCAAACUACGACGGAUCCAAGACUUCCUCUGACAGCUAGGCAAAAAUUUACGGUUAUGGCUAGUUGGAGAGCCGUCGGAAGAGCUCUGGAACCUACUGGUGUCUACAUGUUCAUAAGGUUAUUCGAAGAGAACGCAGAACUCUUGAAUCUUUUCACCAAGUUUCGGGAUUUGAAAACGAAGGAACAACAGUCGUCGAGCAUGGAAUUGGCCGAACAUGCUAGAACGGUCAUGAUGACUCUCGACGAAGGAAUUAAGAGUUUAGACGACAUGGAUACCUUCCUGGCGUACUUGCAUCAGGCUGGUGCAUCGCACACUAAAAUACCGGGCUUCGAUCGACAGUAUUUUUGGAAAAUCGAGAAGCCUUUCCUAGACGCAGUGGAGCGAACGUUGGAAGAUCGUUAUUCGGAAAACGUUGAGAGCAUCUACAAGCUGACGAUCAAGUUCAUCAUCGAGACACUUAUCGAUGGCUUUGACAAAGCACAAAGCGAGAAGGCCAAGUCCUAGUCGUACUCGUCUGAUGAGAAUCAACACCCUUAACGCGCCCUCUCUUUUUCUCUCGCGCAUAUGACGUACUACAUACGUUUCAAAUAGACACAAACAAACACAUACAGAGAGGGGGAAAGAAAGAAAGAAAGAGAGAUAGAUAGAGAGAGAGAGAGAGAGAGAGAGAUCACACAAAGCAUUACACACGUACACUACAUAUGUAUACAAACACAUCGAGAAAAGGUUCGCGGAACAGGAGUUACUCGUAUUACGUAUUUCGCGAUCGAUCGUCGAAUUACGACGAAGUCCCGAAUAUACCAUCUGUAUUGUUGUGUUGUAUAUUCUUUCUUCUUUUUUCGUUCUUAUUAUUUUCAAAAGAAGAGAAAAAGAUUGGAACAAAACGGGACGACAAAGAAGAAAAACGGGAGAAUCGACAACGUGCCUGCGACUUUCGCGGCCAUCUUGCUUUCUUUCCAUGACAAACGACACAACGUCAUCGGUCGGAGCUCGUAUCGUCGACCUCUGUCGACUUUCUUUUUUUUUUUCCUUUUUCGUAGAAAUUCUGGAUAAACGACGAAAGAGAUCGUUUAGAGAUUAAAAACAAAGAAAAUAUUGCAAAAAGAAAAAAUGAAAAAUAAAAAGACAAAGAGAAAAAAAAGAAGAGGAAAGAAAAUGAUGACCGACACUUCGACGUAGACGAGAAAUAAUAUCGGCAAAGGUCGCGUCGUCGGUCGAUAAAGAGGAUUUGCAGGAGCGUCUGUCCUUUUUUAAUUACGCUCGCUCGUGAUGCAUGCACGAAUGAGUGCAUGCAUGCAUGUAUGUAUGUAUGUAUGUAUGAUGUAUGUAUGUAUGUAUGUAUGAUGUAUGUAUGUAUGUAUGUAUGAUGUAUGUAUGUAUGAUGUAUGUAUGUAUGUAUGUAUGUAUGUAUGUAUGUAUGUAUGUAUGUAUGAUGUAUGUAUGAUGUAUGUAUGAUGUAUGUAUGUAUUAUGUAUGAUGUGUGUGUGUGUGUGUGUGUGUGUAUGGAUGGAUGGAUGGAUGUAUGUACUACGCAUGCUUUUAGAUGUAUGAUCUACGUAUGAUGUAUGCAUGUACGUGUGAUGUAUGAUGUGUGUAUGAUAUACGUAUGUGUGUAAUGUAUGGUUAUAUGAAAUAUGAUGUACCUCGUAUAUGUGAAUAUACGUGUAAUACGUACACGCUAUUCACUUUUAUACACCGUUCGUCUCGAGAAGAUUCGUCGUCCGUGCUCUCUCCGAGAAAAUAAAAGAAAAGGAAAGGAAAAAAAGGAAAAGAAAAUUAAAAAAAAUUAACAGAAGUAAAAAGGCAAGAAAAGAGCGCGAGAGGACGUUCCGAAUACUUCAUGAGUACCUAAACCUUAUCGACGCAACCGAGGCUGAACGAUUUUACUAUGUAUUAUGAUAAACAUAUACAUAUAUUUAAAUACGACGCAACGUCAUUGACCGACGACAAAUAUCGCAUCCAAGUAUGUAUAUACGUACGACACGUACGUUUUUACACGUAUUAAAUAAGUCAAAAGUGACUCAAGAAGAAGAAGAAGAAGGAGAAGAUAAAGAUAAAGAUAAAGAAGAAAAAUAAAGAAAGGGUGGAUAAUUUAGGUUACGCUCUUUCUCGUAAUGUCAAUUCCCUGAUAGGUCCUUGAAUAGGACCUUACUUUCUCUCUCUCGAUAUAUAUAUAUAUUAUUAUAUAUAUAUAGAUUAUAUAUAAUAUAUAUAUAAUUUAUAUUAUAUAUAGUAUAUAUAAUAUUUAUAUUAUAUAUAUAGUAUAUAUAAUCUACUGCACUGUAUAUAUAUAUAUAUAGAUUAUAUAUAUAUAGUGUGUAUAUAUAUAUUCUCUUUUCACUUUAUUUAUCUCUGUCGAUAUUUUCGUCCGUACCGAUCGCAGCGCCCUACUACGGAUGAAACAAGAACGACAAUGUUAUCGAUCGUCGUUUUCAAUGAAAACGAUCACGGUAACAUCUUUUUUAUAAAAAAAAAUAUAAUGCAAAAAAAAGAAAAAAAAAUAAUAUAAUAAUAAUAAUAAUAAUACUAAUAAUAAUAAUAAUAAUAAUAAUAAUAAUAUAGUAAUAAUAAUAAUAAAAUAAUAGUAAUAAUAAAAUAAUAGUAAUAAUAAUAAUAAUAAUAAUAAUAAUAAUAAUAAUAAUAAUAAUAAUAAUAAUAAUAAUAAUAAUAAUAAUAAUAAAUGUUCGAAUUUCGUGUGUUCCGUCGUCGUUGUUCGUUUUCGAUUAGGGCGAUGAUCGGCAUCGGAAAACAUCAGGAGUACCACACGCUCUUACCACAUACAUAUACAUAUAUUUUACCUGAGAAUGCGUGUUAAUAUGAAGAGGAGUGUUAAGAAAAGAUAUAUUCGUACGUGUUCCAUUAUCCACGACUUUACGGCAUACGUGCGCGAAAGAUAAAGCACGUAUUUACGAGAGAAAGAGAAAUGUUAAAAAGGAAAGAGAAGGAGAAAGAAAAAGAGAAAGAGAAAGGAGAAGAGAGAGAGAGAGAGAGAGAGAGAGAGAGAGAGAGAGAGAGAGAAACAAUUUCUUUAUGUGUAACGGGCGUUAAAGUGUGUGCCUAGGUUACGUUUACUCGCAUCUCGUCGAUCGUGGGAGGUUAGGUUUGGUUAGAAUGCAAGUGUUUACGAAAAUUUGAUCUUUAGACACGCCGUUUUAUUUUUUCCUCCACCGACUCGUAUCGUACAAUACAAUUUGUUUUUUUCUUUCUUCGAACGUCGAUCGAUCGAUUAUUCUUAUCGAAAAUGAACGUUUCAAUCGAACGACGUUAAAAAAUGGCGAGAGGAUCAAAGGAGUCGAGAAACUGCGAGACAGUGACGUAAAGGAAUAAGUAUAGUUUUGUAGUGUGAAAGAAGAAAAGAAAGAAAGAAAGAAAGAGAGAGAGAAAGAAAGAAAGAAAGAAAGAAAGAAAGAACGAAAGAACGAAAGAACGAAAGAACGAAAGAACGAACGAACGAAUGGAAAAGGAACAAAUGCACAAAAGCCGUACCUUCCUUUUUUCCCUCCUACGUGGGAGACCUAUGUAACCGAAUGUCUUCAUUAAAGCGCAAGAGACGUAUAUACAAGGAUUACAAAGAAAAGAAGAAAGAUAAAUAAAGAAAUAUAUAUAUAUAAAUAUAUAUAUAUUGUAAAAGUAUACAUAUAUAUAUAUAUAUCGACUGCUUGAUUACCUCGCAGUCACACGAAUGUUGCAUUGUCUCUGCUGUUCGUUUUACUCAUAUAACAUACACAUACAUAUAUAUAUAUAUACAUCCAUAUAUACAUACACACAUACAUACAUACACACACAUACAUACAGUUCCACACCGAUGUAUUUAUUGUAUCUAUUGGAAAAAGAAAAAGAAAACAGAAAGAGUCGCGCCGAUGUCAUUUUUGUACUCGCUCGUACAGGGACCUUUGACCCCAUUUUAAAACGUCACUAACAUUUCAUUUAAUUCGUCCUCGCAGCUGAUUAAUAACAGGCCUUCACGGGAGAGUAUGUCCUAUCUGGGUUAAGCACGUACGCUAACUAAUAAGGUAAGAGCCUUUGUUAAGUGGCUCCACCACCGACCGUUAAAAAAAGCGACCGCUUGGAACAGAGUACGGAAGAUCUUGGUGCUGUGCCUGUCGAAAAACGUGGUAUCAUCGUUGUUUCGUGUCUCUUCAAGUUCAAAAAAAGAAAGAAGAAAAAAAGAAAAUCGAGUAAUACCUCUCCGUAUUUAUUUUUUUUAUGUUUCAUUAAUUAUCCUCCAGUCAGUUCAUAAUCGUCUUAUUAAUAAGCGUGAAAGUAAGUGUCGCGACGAAAACGGAAGAAAACGUUGUAUCAAAUAACAAUUGAUUGAUUAAUUGAUUAUUUACAAACGAUCUGUCGCAUCAAAUGAAAUAUAUGAAUGAACAUUUCUUUCUUUUUUUUAUCGAGAAUCUUAAAAAAGCAUUCCACGCGAGCAUCGUACUGGGACGAAAACUCUGUCGAAGUAAAAUAAAUGUGCUUUUGUUAUAUAA